AUGCUUGUUGUACUAAAUCUUCGCGGAACAAAGUUCGAAACAUCGCUUGAGACGCUGAGAAGGAACCCGGGUCCUCGCGACAACAACAUGCUUGCGAAUCUGGAUUAUGUAGAAGGUGAGGAAGUCUACAUAGACCGCGAUCCGAUGUACUUCACCCACAUCUUGAAUUACCUUCAAGCUGGUAGCGUGAGCGUCGGUGAACAUCAAUGUAUCCUUGCUCAUAUAAAGCGCGAGGCUCAGAACGAUUAUUUUAUUCAUUUCCUUUCAGUUCUAUGGACUCGAAGACCUUGUCCAGCGCAUCGAGGGCCUGAUUACCCGUGCGCUCCUAGCGAGCGUCCCAUUUGA